UCAAAAAUGACGGAACUUAGCGCUUCCCCCGAAGAUCCGUGGAACAAACAAACGGACGGCGCGUUUAGUGACAACGGCUUUGAGCACAUUCUUGCUGAAAACCCGCAUAAGGGAACCGUUGUCUCCAGAGCCAACAGUAUCGGAUCUACAAGUGCCUCCUCCGUUCCGAACACAGAUGAUGAAGACAGUGACUACAGACAUGAGGCGACCUACAAAGACUCUUACAAAGACCGCAGGAGGCAAGCACACACACAGGCUGAGCAGAAACGCAGAGACGCCAUCAAGAAAGGCUAUGAUGACCUGCAGGCUAUCGUUCCCACCUGUCAGCAGCAGUCUGAGUUUGCCAUGACCACACAGAAGAUGAGCAAAGCCACGGUGCUGCAGAAGACGAUCGACUACAUUCAGUUCCUGCACAAAGAGAAGAAGAAACAGGAGGAGGAGGUGUCCACGCUGAGGAAGGAAGUCAUGGCUCUGAAAAUCAUGAAAACGAAUUACGAGCACAUCGUGAAGGCUCACCAAAAUAAUCCCCAGCAGGGAAACGACCAGGUCUCAGAUCAGGUCAAAUUCCGAGUGUUCCAGAACAUCAUGGACUCUCUGUUUCAGUCCUUCAGCGCCUCCGUGUCCGUAAGCAGCUUCCAGGAGCUCUCCGCCUGCGUUUUCGGUUGGAUCGAGGAGCACUGUAAACCCCAGACACUGCGGGAGUUUGUGGUGGGGGUCCUGAGGCAGCUGAACGGGCAGAUUUACUGAAACUCUGGAGCGGGGGG